UCCAGUAACCUACCAGUUCCCUGCACGGCUCAUAAAUAAACAUACAUUUUAAUACAACAUUGAGUGAGUGGUAGAUUGUGCUGAGGUUCAGUUGGGGAAUAUUGACGGAAAAUCCGCGAACCCCAACAAAUCUUCUAAAAAGGACUGUUUUGCCUCCAAUUCAUCGGGGUGACUAUGGCUCGCGCCGGGACUCUCCGCGCGUCCCUGUUGGUCAUUUUACAGCAGAUGAUCCUGAUCAGCUCUGCUCAGAGGGUUGGACCAAGAGGGCUGCCAGGACCUCCAGGGGUCCCUGGGUUUUCUGGCGUUGACGGCAUUGAUGGUGAUAGGGGACCUGGUCCUGGCCUGGAUGGGCCCCCAGGCCUUAAUGGAGAAAAUGGCAGGAACGGAUUAAAUGGCCUUCCAGGAAAACCAGGAGCGGACGGUUUGACUGGGCCACGUGGUGAACCUGGCCCUGCUGGCCCACCUGGACAGAAAGGUGAACCUGGUAAGCCCGGGUCAAGGGGAGCCACUGGUGUUGGAGAGGAUGGUGAAGCUGGUGCUGAUGGGGAAGAUGGAUUACCUGGAGAGCUGGGCAAAGUUGGACCUCCAGGAAGUCGGGGAUUGAGAGGUCCUGUUGGUGCUCAAGGAUUACCAGGUCCCAGAGGCCCUCCUGGAUUGUGGGAUGGUAAGGAGCUGUGUCCAAAUGCUUGUACCGCUGGUUUGACUGGUUACACUGGUCUUCCAGGCAUGAAGGGCCACAAAGGUGUCAAAGGUGAAUCAGGUGAACCAGGAAGGCAAGGGCAUAAGGGUGAAGAAGGAGACCAGGGAGCACCUGGAGAGCAAGGAGCACAAGGACCACCUGGUUCGCAGGGUCUAAGAGGAAUCACAGGGAUGAUGGGCCCUAAAGGGGACAGGGGACCACGUGGGAAUGUUGGCGAUUUGGGUCCUCAGGGUAUACAGGGUGCCUUUGGUGAUCAUGGUCAAAGAGGUAAAGUAGGUGAGGCCGGACCAAAAGGAGCUCAGGGACCUCAGGGGAUACAGGGACUUUUGGGUUUACAUGGACCGAAAGGAGAGACUGGUUUGCCUGGUGUGGAUGGUCGUGAUGGUAUUCCAGGACUUCCUGGAGUAAAGGGUCUUCCCGGAAAGGUUGGCUCACCUGGUGAGGCUGGACUUCAGGGAUUCUCAGGUUUACCAGGUAUUCCAGGAGCAAAGGGCCACAUGGGUGAAAAAGGAAAUUUUGGUGAUCCUGGCGUGGCAGGCCUGAUUGGAAAUAAUGGAAAAACAGGUGAACGUGGUGAGCAGGGAGAGGUUGGACCAGUUGGACCAAGAGGUGGGCCAGGAGAAAGAGGAGAAAGAGGCCAUGAUGGGCCUGUAGGCUUGCCAGGUGCAAGAGGUGCUAAAGGAGAUUCAGGCCUCCCUGGUCUUCCAGGGCCAGCUGGCCUACCUGGGCAGAAAGGAGACCGGGGCAUGGUUGGUCUCACUGGCCCAAAAGGCGAGCAAGGACCACCUGGUGAAGAAGGAACACCAGGGGAGAAAGGAGAUGUAGGUGAUGAGGGAGAGCCAGGAGAGAAAGGAUCGACAGGAAAACCAGGGGACACAGGACAUAAAGGACCAGAGGGAGGGCGUGGCCAGCCUGGACCAGAGGGCCUUCCUGGAGAGCCUGGACCAAGAGGCAUGCAAGGAGACAGAGGAGUACCCGGACUAUCCGGGUCACAGGGACGAUCAGGCCAAGCACCAACAAACCAGCACAUUAAGCAGGUCUGCUUGAUGGUCAUGCAUGAACAGCUCGCCCAGCUGGCAGCUAGUAUGACAAGGCCUGAGUCAGGCAUCGCUGGGCUACCAGGUCCUCCUGGUCCCUCUGGUCCUCCAGGGCCUGCUGGAGACAAUGGCUUGCCUGGACAUCCUGGUGGCAGAGGACUGCCAGGUCUCAAAGGGCCACCUGGGCUACUAGGGAGAAAAGGGCCCAAAGGUGACCAAGGUGACAGGGGAGAUAGAGGACCCACUCUGCAGGGACCUAAAGGUAUUCCUGGACCACCAGGGCUCCCAGGUGAGCCAGGUAGGCCAGCAUAUGGCAGUGAUGGACGUGACGGCCGGAGAGGACCUCCAGGUGUUCCUGGAAUGCCAGGAGUACCUGGGCCACCUGGUCCUUCUGGCCUUAACGGAUACUGCGAGCCAUCUCAGUGCAUCCUUCAAGUAGUUCCAGUUCCAGACUCCAAGGAGUCAACCAUGAAAGGACCGGAUGGUCUAUGAGUGGAUAACCUUCAGUGAGCUGCACAUCAGAGUCCAGCGACUCAUGACAGGGAAACUUGAGAGACUAAUGAAGUGACUCCCUCUACGAGGAGAUUUCUAUGUUGGUUGUAUAUGCAAGUGUUUUAAAUACUUAAGCACUAGUGUGAAGUGAAGAAAAGCCAAGCUGGAUCAGUUUGUAUUACAGUUCCCAAUGGCUCAGUCCGCUUUUACAAAAAUAUUUCUUUUUGUUUUUGACAAUUAUGGAGUUUGAAUAUUUCCAUAAAGAAUGAAAAUAAAUCUAAAUUGUCCCAGCAAUAAUGCAAUCAUAGUUUGCAAAAAACCACGUGCUCAGGUUUGGUAUGAUUUCAAUGUACUUUCUGUUAUUAAGGUACUGGAUGGCAAGGCGAGUAUGACUUGAGCAUACUUUUUAAACUUUGUAAAUUUGUCAAUAAUGAUUUCAGUUCUGGGUUGUUUUAAUCAGAGACAUCAUACAAAUGUCAGUUUCAUUUCAGUUUUCUAUGUUCUUAUUUAUUAUAGAAGGGUUUGAUGACAUCUGCAGUUGUGAAAAUGGUGAGAAAAUAAAAUAAUUUUGAUAAAGCGCUGCAUCUUUUUAAUUUAAAAGGUAAAAUCAUGCUCUAGAGACGGUGAAUUUCCUUCAGUGUAUCUUUUGUUUAUUUUACUCUUAAAUUGACAAAAAUGUUGCAACUUAUCUCACCAUAGUAAAACAUUUCCAUUUAUAUAAAUAGGUAAUUUAACAAUACACAUUUUCAAAUACCGUACAUAAAUCAAGUAUAGAAAUAUUAAGUUACGCACAUCAAACUAAAAAGCCUAAAAAUGCCAUCGACAUUGAGGUCCAGUUUUAAGCCAAAACACAAUCAGACUAUUGACAUGGCAGUAAUAGGUCAACAAAGUUAGGAUAAACAACAAAAACUAGCACUCCAAACUUCAUUAUAUUUAUAUAAAGACAUUUUAAUUUCCUCUAUUUUUUUCCUCUAUUCCUGUUUGGGGUUUUUUUCCCUGCAAAAGACAUGGACUGUGUUUACAUGCACACCAAUACGCUGAUAACUACAAAAAAUCAUCUUAAGAAAAAAACAGACAUCAAUUUACACGAGAUCUGAAAACAUUGACUUAAAGGUGCGCUCAGUAAUUUUUUUUUUCUCUAUUAAAGUUUUACUUCUAAAGAAUUGAUUUGUAAUUUUGAAACAUGUAUAAAAUCAUGACCACUCACGUGAGAUGAGCACUCUAGUCAUAUCAGUAACCUUAUAAAAGCUGUUUUAUUCUACAUGGGGCAGGGGCGCCCUCAUGGGUGCUGCCAUUUUAGAAUCACAUGACCAGCUGAAUGCUACACGCUUAAUAUCAGUAACCAACUUAUUAGACACGUACACUCUUGGAUUAAAUUAAUCAUGGCUGACUGAAUUUCUACAAUGGCAUCUGUAACUGAAAACUAUCGAUUUUGAAUGAUGCUGCAUCCACACCACUAGAUGUCACUGUAAGUCCAAGAUGACAUGAGCAAAAAGUUACUGAAUGCACCUUUAAGGUGCGAAACAAUCUACUCAAAAUGUGACCACAGACGCUUCUAGCUACUUAAGCUUGAAUUCGUGUACACGUGACACUCUCAACAUUGCCGGUAUAGCGGUAACAGUGGGAACUGUCCGCCUCCACGGUCAGUUUUCUCUUUUAAGCCAACUGCUGCUAUGGCAGAGCAACGGUUUAAAAAGCUGAAUAUAGCUGAACAAGUGAUUAAAAGUCCAUAUAUUUAUAGCAACGUACCUGAAUAACAACACAUCUAGUUUAAUGGCACAGACUUUUGAAGGCAACUCCAUCAACCCCUUAUGUACUGAUGUUUUACCGCCAUAGUAACUCAAGAACGUAUGUUCAAUCGGACCGUACAUUGGUAACACAUUGGCCAAGCGCUCUGCUUUUGAUGUCAAAAAGUAAACAUGGAUAAGCAAGCAAGAACCCUGGUAAAUGUGUUUCCAUGCAGAGCAAAAUUGGUGUAAACCACUGAUAUUGUAAACGCAUAGAUGUUUGUUCAUUGACACGAUUUUGCAUUGCAUAUGAACCCAUUUACUGGCACUCUUAGCAGCUUAUCCAAUGUGCGCAUUCCUGUUUACAUUGAUGUAAAAGCAGUGAAUAAUCAGAUUAUUUCAAAUCUUAUGUAAACACAGGUUUCUAACAUUGUGGGUUUCUUGAAUAAGCUGAAUUUUGAUAGUUAUCAGUGUUUAGCUAUGCAUGAACCCAUGCUCAUUGAGAAACCUCUCCAAUGCCAUUGACAACCUCCCCACUUGACGCCAUCUUUCUGCUGUAAUAAGGCAUUUCUUUUCGAUUUUUUUGGAGGCAGGUAUUUAUUACAGAUAGACAAAUUCAUCAAUAACAAAAAAAUCAUAAAUGUAUAUAUAGAUUAUUUUUUGUUAAACCAUGUAGACAAAAGCGUACUAUGUGUUUGGCAAUGGUGGAAUUCACCAUGUUCACCAACCAUUAAAAACUUCAUUGCAAACACCUAGCUCAUGAUUAACAGCCCUUUAAAAACAAGCAAAUAAGCACUAACUUGCUCACAGACUUUCUCCACAGGAACAAUGCAAAACAGAAAAAAAAA